CACCCCAGUUUUAUGUAUUGUGCACACUUGAGUUCAUAAAAUGCAAGAUACGACUCUCGGUAGACUGAGAGUAAGAAGAAUGUUUUACAAUACAUGUGUUGAAAUCGUAAAAGUCACAUCAACAAAUGAUUCACUUCAUCUGGUGUGCCCUACGAGACAACAGCAUCAUGAAGAUUCUCACUUGCACUGUCAUUCUUCUACUCGUUUUCGCAUCAGUCACCGAUGGCAAAAGGAAGAAAGGGAAGAAGCCAAGUAUGCCUGGAUGCAAGAAAGCUGAUAUCACUAAACUUAAAGACACACUGAAAUCUGAUUUCAUUGAACUUGAGAAUACGGUGGGGUCUAAUAUAACUGAACUUGAGAGUACGCUUGGGUCAAAUAUUGCUGACCUGAAGUCUGAAUUCAUCAAGCUAGAGGUGAAACUGCUUGCCAAAUUAGAUGAAAUUAAAGAUCAGCAAUGCUGUAGCAAAGACGGCGAUGGCAAAGACAAUGAUAUCGUAAACAGGGACUGCUACACAGUAACAUCCAAUUCUGGGAAAGUUGCAGAUAUUGAACUUGUAUCUGGUAAAACAUUCCGGGCCUUUUGUAAGCAGGGUUGGCUGUCUAUUGCUCGAAGAUUUGAUGGUUCGGUUAAUUUCUAUCGAACAUAUCAAGAGUACGAAAAGGGAUUUGGCAACUCAUCGGGAGAAUAUUUUAUCGGGUUAGAGAAUUUGGCUGGCAUCUUAAGUCAAAGACCAUACAGACUGCGCGUGGAGCUCACAACAUGGUCACCUACGGAGGUGAGGUAUGCUGAUUAUUCAACAUUCAAAGUUGCGGGUAAAUCCGACAAAUACCGUUUGACUAUUGGGGGCUAUAGCGGUACUGCAUCAGACUCUUUGAGAAGGCAAAAUGGUAUGGCAUUCAGUACAAAGGACAUGGAUAAUGACGUUUACAGUGAUAAUUGUGCAAAGCUGUACACUGGAGGUUGGUGGUAUGAUGCGUGUCACGAAUCAAACCUUUUUGGAACGUAUUACAAUCAAGGCGAAAGUCCAUAUGGCAAAGGGUUGAACUGGCGUCACUGGAAGGGGUACCAUUAUUCCUAUAAGGAGAUAGACAUGAAAAUAUACCCCAUGUAA